AUGGCGAACUCUGAUUCUCUCAAGUGGAGUCAGGUCGCAGCAAAAGGCGCCGGCAUGCGUGUCAUCUCGCCAACUCGAAUUUUCGACGCAAAUGCAACACUGUCUUCAGAGAUCUUGUUUGAGCACCCUGAUUUCAAGAAUCAGCAACUGGCCAGAAAGGCUGCCUCCAUCGUUCGACAAGCAUUGACUCCCCAAUCAGUUUUAUUUUCGUUUCCUCCAACUUCAUUUGCUCAUCGUACCGAGGCAUUUAAGAGUAUUGAGGACAAUAUUGGUCCGCUUGCAGCUGUUCGUCCUCUGAGUUUAUAUAGCAUCCACUCACGCGGUGAUUUGCUUAUUGAAGCCAAGUUCGUUUCACAGGAGCAUGCUACAAAGGCUAUCCAAGCUGGUAUCACUCUUGAUGACAUUGUCUAUAAGGCUUCGCCAUCAGUUGCAGGUGUUGAGAAACCUUUGGUGCGCGUGCAACUUAAUCUUUUGCACAUGGCCACCAAUACUGAAUUGAAGGAAGGUUUAUUAUCUUCUUUACGUUAUUACGGUAAGGUGUACCAAGUACGCCAGACUUUGUGCAAUGGCUAUUUUGAAGGCCAACUAACGGUGACGUUGGAUCCGAGCCAUGGUUAUGUGGAUGAUGAAGGCAAGAGACAAGAGAGACAUUAG